AUGGACAUCUUACAAGACGUGGUCCAAUCUAUCAACGACACUCCCAAUCGUUCGUUGAACGGUCGCACCCCGGCUUCCGUGACGAAAGCAAACGAAGAAGAGGUGAGGUUAGACGCCUACCUCGUUCGUCGUCGAAAAGCCACCCAGGUCCCUCGGGUGAAGAAAUCAAACAAGUCGAAGAAACGUUUGCCUUACAAGUUUAAGAUAGGAGACCAAGUGCGGAUCACACACCUACGACGUCCUUUUCAACGGGAUUACGACCAAACCUACACGGAAGAAAUUUUUGUGAUUCGAGAUCGAUUGGUGUCUCAAGGCAUCCCCAUCUAUAAAUUGAAGGACUUGACAGACGAUCCCAUCCAGGGAACCUUCUAUGCCAGUGAACUCCAAAAGGUCUUGAAAGACGAGGAGACCAUUUGGAGAAUCGACAAGAUUCUGCGUAAACGCAAGGUUCGCGGAAAAGAAGAAGUUCUAGUGAGAUGGUUGGGGUGGCCCAAAAAAUUCGACAGCUGGAUCCCGAAAGGCGAUAUAAAAGAGACGUGA